AUGGUCAAUGUUGCAAUCGCUGGGGGCACUGGCGGCGUCGGGCGUUCUAUUGUUGACGCGCUCAAGGCAUAUGGAAAGCACAAGGUCAUCAUCUUGGCCCGUAAAAUUCCCGAUGUUGCUGAAUUAGCAUUUCCCGUCAUCGCGGUCGACUACGACGAUAUUGACGCCCUACGGACCGUGCUAGAGGAGCAUCAUAUUGACACCGUCAUUUCAGCACUUGCACUGCACAUCAUCGGUGUCGGCAAGUCACAGAUCAAUCUCAUCAAAGCAUCCGAAAAGGCCAUCUUCACGAAACGAUUCGUGACCAGUACCUGGGCUGUCCGACCUUAUUUGGCCAUGCUACCCCACGGCUUCCAGCACAUCGAGUCCUACGCCGAAAUCGAGAAGACCGCACUCGAAUGGACAGCUUUCAACCUGGGUUGGUUCCUUGAAUACUACGCAAUGCCGCACGCACACACGUACAUCCCGCAGACUUCAUUUGUCGUGGACAUGGCCAAUAAGCAUGCUUCCAUACCAGGGAAUGGGAAACAAGUUAUGACGUUUACGUAUUCGAAGGAUGUGGCUAAGUUUGUCGUUGCGGCGCUUGACCUCCCCAAGUGGGAGCGUGAUACGUAUGUGAUUGGCGAUAAGAUGACCUGGGAGGAAUUCGUCAAGGUCGCUGAAGAAGCCCGAGGGGAGAAAUUCACCGUUGUUUAUGAUAGUGUGGAGAAGCUGAAGGCGGGCGACAUCACCGAGCUCCCCGGACAAGUCGCUGCGUACUCUUAUUUCCCGAAAGAAUGGACGCAGAAGCUAUUUUCAGUCUUCGGCUUGUGGGUGACUGAAGGGGUCUUUGAAUUUCCCGACCACAAAGCGCUAAAUCACCAGUUUCCGGACAUAAAAGUUACUACUGUGAAGGAGAUGCUGGACAAGGCCUGGCGAGGUAAAUAG